AGAUUACUUGCGCACCCAUUAGAAUGUUCACGCGCUUUUUCCUUCUUCUCCUAAUACGUUUAACUACUGAAUACAACAAUUCAAAUACGACAUCUAAACUUCCUUUACAUAUACUUGGACUCUUUCCCUUCCGGGGCUCUUGGAAAGGCGGAGAAGGACACUGGCCAGCUAUAGAAAUUGCUCUUAAGGAUGUUAAUGAAAAGGAGGGAAUGCUAAAUGGAUACGAAUUAAAAAUAUCCAAAGAUGAUACUGAGUGUGACCCGGGUAAGGGCAUUAUUCAGAUGUUUGAGCGGAUCUAUCUGAAGAAUCAAAAGAGUCUCAUAGUACUAGGAGCAGGAUGUUCUGAUGUAAGUCAAACGACGGCUAGAGUCCUCAAUCACAUGAAAAUAGUUCAACUCAGCUACACUAGUGCUAGUCCGGCUUUAUCCGAUAAGAAAAUUUACGGGACAUUCUUCCGCGUAUUUCCACCGGAAUCCGCUUUUAAUGCAGCUAAAUUGGCAAUGCUGAAGCAAUAUGGAUGGAAAAAAAUAGCCACUUUGACCGAAACCAAGGAAUUAUUCUCAAUAACUACAAGUAAAUUCUUAACAGAAGCUAAAAACGAAGGAAUUAAAAUUCUAACAUCAGAGAGUUUUACAAUUGAUCCCAGACCGAAAGUUCGCAAUAUUAAGAAGCAUGGUGCUAGAAUAAUUAUCGGUAAUUUCUACGCUGACAUGGCUCGCCUGGUAUUCUGCGAAGCUUAUAAAGAGAAAAUGUUUGGCGGAAAGUAUGUAUGGAUAAUUACCGGCUUCUAUACGAAAGAUUGGUGGAAAGAUCGUGUUGACGAUGUAGAAUGUACGGAAGAAGAGAUGGAGAGAGCUGUGGAUGGAUAUUUCAGCAUGUCAGCAUCAAAUCAUUCGAUUACAAACAAAACUGGCAUAUCCGGAAAAACAACGGACGAAUUUGAGAGGGAAUACCUAAAAAAAGUCAAUUACACGUAUCCAACUGGAUAUGACGAAGCAACUUACGGUUACGACUCGGUUUGGACUAUUGCUGACGUACUUAAUCGAACUAUCGAAUAUAUGAAACACAAAGGCGAAGAAGCAGAAGGAGUAGAAGAAGAUAAUGAUGAAUGUGAAGAAAAACGUAGGAAAGCGAAAAAGAAACCAAUAGGAAAUAAGUAG